AUGGCGGCAACAACAGGCCUCAUCUCCUCCACCUUCCUCUCCGGCGAGACAUCGUCGUUUCCCAACACAUCUUUCUCCUCCUCAUCCUCCUCUCUAAGGUUUCCCCACCCUAACUUCCCUGCUAACCUGCGCAUGGUGCGUAUCCCAACCCUCGCCACUGCCUCGAAGCCAGCCACCACCCCCCGCCAGCCCCGCGGCAUCAUGAAACCUCGAAAAGUCUCGCCCGAGAUGCAAGCCCUUGUGGGUACCCCUGAGAUUUCUCGCACCCAAGCUCUGAAACUGAUUUGGGCUCACAUUAAGCAAAAUAAUCUUCAGGACCCUCAAAACAAGAGGAUUAUAGUUUGUGAUGAGAAGCUGAAGAAGAUUUUUGCAGGGAAGGACCAAGUUGGAUUUCUGGAGGUUGCUGGGUUGAUCACUCCUCAUUUCCUUUGA